CUGGUACGACCAAUGGCACCAAGGACCACCUCAUUGCACACCAACUCCGAUGUACAGACACCCAGUCCGACCUCCUUUUCAUUCAUAAAUUCUUGCGUUGCCGACGCACAAAUAAAUUUAGGUUAUGGUGACAUUUUAAGCCAGUUUGUAGUAUCUCGUGACUUAUUCACGAUAUUGCUAAUUAAUGCACGUUCCUUAAUCAAUGAGGUAUCUGAACUAAGGACAUUAUUAUUAGUCGCCAAGCCUACUGUAGCUCUGAUUACUGAGUCAUGGUGCUCAUCCUCUGUACUUGAUGUGCAUAUAG